AUGGUUCACACAUGUGUGGUGGCUGGUUGUAGGAACAGAAGGACACCGGGCACCGCGUUAUCUUUCUACCGUUUCCCCCGGGACCCCGAGAGGAAGCAGCGGUGGAUAGCUGCUGUUAACCGGGAGGGCUGGGUGCCUAACGACGGCAGCAGGCUGUGUAGUACUCACUUCAUCUCAGGUAAACAGGUGAAGAACCCACGUUCUCCAGAUUAUGUUCCUUCUGUGUUCACGCCCGCUCCCUUAUCCCCAGAGAUGAAGGAGCCCGGUUCCCUGGAGAUCCUGGACAAGCAGGAGGCCCGCGUGGAGGCAGCUAACGCCUUGCUGUUCCUGCAGGGCCAGGGCAGCUCAGUGAGGGGGGAGCGGGGUCAGGAGGAGCAUCCUGAGGAGAGGGAACAGGAGACGGCUGUGGAGGAAAGUGCGCCGUCUUCCCUCAGCAGCGAUGAAGACGAUGACGAGGAUGAUGAAUCUAUUGACUGCAAGAAAGGAAAGUUUGCUCCUAACACGUCGGACGCAGCGGUUAACUUUGACAAUGUCCUGAAAGCCCUGAAGAAGGAGAACCAGACCCUCAGGGACUCUUUGGACAAAAUGGCCCUCUCUGAGAACUCGUUGAGGAACGAUGCAGAGAAGGUCAAGUUCUACACUGGUUUACCAAACUACUUUGUCCUGGAGACGGUCAUGUGGCUGCUGGCACCUCACAUGGACGGCAUGAAAACCGUGAAGCUCUCCAAGUUCCAGCAGCUGCUUCUGACGCUGAUGCGACUCCGCCUGGACCUCCGCAACCAGGACCUAGCCUACCGCUUCGGAGUUAAAGUCGGCACGGUGACCAGGACGGUGCACCAGAUGGUCAACAUCAUGUCCUCCACUCUGGUGCCGACCGCCGUCUUCUGGCCCUCCAGAGCCGAACUUCGUAAGAACCUGCCUGUCGCUCUGCGCUCGUCCCACCCCGACUGCGCUGUCAUCAUCGACUGCUUCAUGGUGCCUUUUGAGGAGCCGGUUUCCCGUGGCAACCACCAGCAGCAGCAGAGGGUGGUGGCGAGCUCUCAGGGGGCCGGGACAAGUUAUAAUGUGUUGAAGUAUCUGAUUGGUGUUGCUCCACAAGGCGUUGUAACGUUUGUGUCUCGGGGCGUUCUGGGCAACGUUGGGGACAAAAGCCUGGCUGAGGGCUGUGGGUUUCUCUGCAAGCUCCUCCCGGGAGACGUGGUGUUGGCGAGUCGAGAUCUGGACAUUGCAGAUUCUGUGGCUGCGAGAGGAGCUUUGUUUAAAAUAGCCGGCAGCUACCAAGGUGAAGCGAGCUCACCUCUGCCUGACACUUCCUCUGAGACAGUGAGUGUGCAGAGGCAUGUGCAGAGGGUGCUCUCCGUGGUGAAGCAGAGGUACGCCAUGCUUACCGGCCCCGUGGAGAGCCCCUUCACCACGGUCUCCGAGCGCACCUCCAACCUCUCAACAUUUGAUAAGAUUGUGCAAGUUGCUUGUGCCUUAAACAACCUGUGCAUCUCUGCUGCUCCACUAGAGUGAUUCGUACAGAAAUGCCUAGUGCUCCUUAAUGCUGGCCACUUAAGUUCCCUUUACUGCUUUGGACCUUAUUCCACAUUCUCCCUCACUACAUCCCAGUGUCAACACUACAUGAUUCCUGAGUUAAACUGAGUUAUAUAUAUUUACUUUACACUACACUUGGACUGGAUGUGACACCCUGUUGUCUAGGUCAGUUUGUAAUUGCUAUAAGGAGCAAACCCAGAAACCACAUUGCUAAGAUGUUAUGUCUUUACAGUUUGAUGUUUUGGAGUGGGGUUGGUUGAGGUACGUGACAUAUUCAGUUUCAGUAAAUGACGGAUUGCAACGCUUCUAGUUCUGAGAAGCAGACAAGAGUACCGGCAUGGAAGUAAAGCAAUAUACUAUGGACGGUGGCCACCUAACAAAAUAAUUAUCAGUUUAAGCAUAUGACAUAUUUUUGCUUCUUUAACUUGCCGCGAGACAGCUAUAACAUUAUGAAAUAAAGCCAUUAUUUGUGCUCUCUC